GCGCACCACAUGCAGGCAAGCAGGGAUCGUCGAAAGAAACCAACCUCGUUCAAAUUUCAAAUUCAUCAUUUCUGGUUCUGCCACGAGCGUCGUCACCACGCACUUCGAGAACGCGAGAUAGUUUUUCAAAUUGAACAACAGUUGAAAGUGUUGCUUUGUAGGUUGUUUAAAUAGAGCUUGGUUUGAAGUAUUAUUAAAUCGUUGUGCAGUGAGCGUCUAUUGCAAACAGUGCCAAUUAGUCGGCGCAAUCGAAAUUAUCGAACUUUGUUUUUAUAAUUUUAAGUGAAAUUUAUCCAAGAUGGCUUUUACUUUGUUGAGAAAUUGUGCGCGGUCCUCAUUUUCUCUAUGGGAACGCCAAUUACCUUCGCUUGCUGCAUUUAAUUCUGCAAAUUCCAUCGUAUUAUUAAAAGAAAAGACUGAUUUUGUACCGAUCGGAUUGAAAGUCCCCUGCUUCGUGUCCACUAGUGUGCGAAAAUAUGCCAGUAAAAUCAGCAAACCCGAGCGAGCUUAUGACAGUGAAUCCGAAUCGGACUCCGACGAUGAAAAAGACACACAGAGGAAGUUGAAAGAUGGACGAAAGAGGGGUAGCACGGAAUUCUGGCGAAGGAAAAUGCGCACACUGCACGGCCUGUUGGAUGUCAACAAUGACGGAGUCAUUUCAUAUGAUGAUUUUAUGCUAUUGACGGAAAAGUUUAGCGCUCUCGGUCACUUGGAUAAGCAUGCUAAGGAAGAAUUCCGUCAAAUCAUGGAGAGUACCUGGAUUCAACAAUGGGGUGCAAUUUCUCCCUACAACCUCAUCACGGUCGAGCAAUAUCUGACUGAAAUGCAGCAUGUGGUUAAUGAUAAAGAUUUGAAGAAGAAGGUUCACCGAUUUUUGCCAUAUCUGUACAAGGCAGUCGAUAAGGACCGUUCCGGUUCGAUCUCGUUGAAUGAGUUCAAACUUUUCUUCCGCUGUUUGGACCUUACGGAAGAGGACGCAGCCGUUUCGUUUGCUGUUAUCGAUAAGAAUGGCGACGGUCAGAUUACGCUGGAUGAAUUCGUGAAGCUUGGUCGAGACUUUUUCCUGAGUGAGAACGAAGCGAACGUUUCACGACGUUUUUGGGGACCUCUGGUCAAGCAUUAAGAAUGCUUAACUCGAACGCGGAUAUCAGGGAAAUGCGACAGUGAGGAAAGGCGGUUUUCACAUAACUUCACAUACUAGGAUUAACGAGCAAUUUUGAUUACGAGCAUUUACAAUUUUUACGACUAUACUUACUCUUGCAUUUUUGUCUGAUCUAUUGUGAUAAUGAAAUUUAAUAAAGUGAUGUAUAACCUUAUUGUAAAAUUCGGUCCAACUAAGUUGAAGAAUCAAAGCCAUGUUACA